AACAAGCUUUCCUUGCUGUGUUUUUCUUGUGGGAAUUAUAGAGUUCUGAAAAAUGGCAUACAAUCUUCAAUCUCUUAUCACCAUCCUUCAACAAAUCCUGAAUCCUCAAGAAUCACUUUGGAUUGUUGAUAGCAAUACACCACUACUCCAAUCCCUGCUCAAAAAAGCUGAAUCUCUGCUGGACAUUCUUGAAAAGUCUUCACUCACCAAUAUACCAACUUUGGAGAGCCAAAUCAGAGAUGUUUCAUAUAAAGCUGAAGAUAUUAUUGAAUCAAGCAUGGUUGAUCAAAUGAUGUCCACCCCUCGAGGCAAAAGGCUAACUUUCUCCAAACCAAAUCUUCUACACAACAUAAUGCAACAACUUGAUUCUGCAACGGAACAAGUUGUGAAGCUUGUGGAGGCGAAGAAACUCUCAACUGGCAUUUCAUCAUCGAGUGAUGCUUCUUCCUCGCAUGAUGUGCAGCAAGCAAUGCAACAUCUGGAAUCUUUUCAGCUCGUGGAGGUGGAGGAAACGAAGAUGCCGGCUGGUGAUGCUUUGUCGAGCUCCAAGAACGUUUUAGUGGGAGUUGAUGCAGAUCUGUUGCACUUGAAGGAUUGGCUUACAAAUAUGCAGAGCAAGCUGGAGAUCAUUCCCAUUACUGGUAUGGGUGGUAUAGGUAAGUCCACUCUUGCUCGGAAUCUUUAUGGUGAUCCACUCAUUAUUACUCACUUUGAUUAUCGUGGUUGGGCUGCAAUUUCACAACUUCCCAAUAUGCGAGUUAUUCUAUUAAGUCUUCUUCGUCUCCCAAAUGGAAAGAUUGAUGAUGAACUAAAUGAAUGUAAUGAAAAUGAGUUGAAAGAUAUAUUGUAUAAGAGGUUGUUUGGGCGCAGAUACAUGAUUGUCUUAGAUGAUAUAUGGAGUACCAAGUUUUGGGAUGAGAUAAGGAUGUAUCUCCCAAACAACAGUAAUGGGAGUCGAAUUGUGAUCACCACAAGGGAUUCUAAUGUAGCCCAACACAUUGUAAACUCCAAGAGUUUGCUUCAUAACCUGCAAUUGCUUAAUAAGGCUGCAAGUUGGGAUCUACUUCGCCAAAUUGUAUUUGGAGAAGAAGAUUGCCCUCUCAAAUUACAAGGGAUUGGAAGUAAGAUUGCGAGUGAAUGUGGUGGGCUUCCCCUUGCAAUUCACGUGAUUGGUGCGCUUUUGUCAAAGGUUGAAAGAUCAAGAGAUGUGUGGGAGCAUCUUUCAACAGAUGUAAAAGCUUCCAUUGUUAAAUCUGAGGAGCGGUUCUCCAAUAUACUUUCCUUGAUUAUAACCACUUACCCAUUUACUUGAAACCAUGUUUCUUAUAUAUGGGAGUUUUUCCAGAAGAUCAUGAGAUUAAGGGAUCUAGACUUAUGAGUCUAUGGAUAGCUGAGGGAUUUGUGAAAUCUAAUGGUGAUAAGAGUUUGGAGGAAGUGGCUAAGGAUUAUUUAAAAGUUCUCGUGGAGAGGAAUCUACUUUUGGUUACACGAGAAAAGUCUAAUGGGAAAGCAAUGAGUUACUCAAUGCAUGAUCUUUUGAGGGAUUUAUGCAUAAGGAAAGCUAAUGAGGAGAAGUUUUUAAAUGUUAAGAAUUCCAUGAGGCGUGUAAGCGCUAACUCAUCUUAUGAAAUGAAAGAUUUGUGUGCUUCGCGGCAUUUAAUGUCACUUGCUCGAUCUUUUAUAUGCACUUAUAACAAGAAUAUAUCUCCUAUUUUUUGGAUGUUAAGAUUGGUUAGGGUGUUGGAUUUAAUGGAUAUGUUACUGGAGGAGUUCCCAGUAGGAAUUUUACUACUUGUCAACCUACGUUACUUAGCUAUCAACUGCUCUUCGGGUUUACCUGAUGGAAUAUCAAGAUUGCACAAUCUGCAAACCUUGAUUUGUCCAAACUUUAUGCCCUAUGUGACAUCUGAAUUAUGGGAGAUGUAUGAGCUAAUACACAUUAGGUUUGCGAGGACAGCUUUCAACAGCUGGAAGAUUAAAUGUGAUCUCAAGAAGCUGCAGACACUUUACAUUGUGUGGGUAACUCCUAAGCUGAUUAGUAGUGGCUUUUUUGAAGGAAUUCGAAAUAUCAUAAAGUUGGGAAUCCAUUAUGAAGACUCACCAAACAUUGAAGUUGAUCUUAGCCAUCUUCACAAGCUUGAAAUAUUGCAUUGCCAAUCUAAAUUGGAUAAAGAUGGUAGCCGUUUUCUGCACAAACUCAGAUUUCCAUCUAAUCUUAGAAAGUUAACUCUUCUUAGGUGUGUAGUAUUUAGGAGUUUGUUGACAACUCUAAGUACACUACCGAAUCUGGAAGUGUUAAGAAUAAAUAAAUGUGUAUUUGAAAGAAAGGGAGAGGUAGAGGAAGGGGAAGAGGAGGAAGAGGAAGAGGAAGAGGAAGAGGCAGAGGAAGAGGAAGGGGCAGAGGAAGAGUGGGAGGCGACAGAAGGAGAUGAGUUUCGCUCACUGCUGUUCCUACAGUUACUAUCCUUAAAUCUGGUGCACUGGAAAGCCGAUGAGACUAAAUUCCCUAAACUCCGGAAGCUGUUUGUAGCCCGGUGCUAUAAGCUAGAGGAAAUCCCUAGUGCCAUCGGAGAUAUCCCAACUCUCCAGAAAAUUUAUAUUUAUGAAUGUGGUGCUUCUGUAGUGGCCUCGGCACAACAAAUUCUAAAGGUGCAGCAAGAAGAGUACAACAACCUCGACCUCAAAUUGAAUAUACGUUAAAACCCAAAUGGUUUUGCUGGUGUUUGUGAGCGAGAAAGAGAUCAGAGAGAGAAGAUGCAAAGGGUGCUAGCUAUUUGUGGGAUUUUAGUUGUACCUCUCAUUCCCGAACUAUUUUUGGGAUUUUAGUUGCUGAUUGCUUUUGUUUUGGGUUGUUAUAAAUUGAUCUUCAAUUUUAUGCCUUGUAGCAAACUAUUUUUGGGAUUUUAGUUGCUGAGUGUUGGGAC